AUGGCGCGUCAAAAGACUCAAAUGGCCAGACCCGCUCCAGCCCAGCGAUCACAGACAGAAAACCAGCAGCGAGGCCAUGAGAGCGCGGCCGAAGCUGGUGAAGUUGCGAUUCCGCAGUUUUUCAACACCACAUUCUCAACUCACCGUGUCUCUCCGCUCUUUAUCGGCGCUCAGAAGCUGGACCAGACCCGCCUUGAUCGACUUGCUCAUCGGCUGCGAGAUACGCUGGUGGGGGAUGUGGUUCGUGGGGUGCAGAUUGGCUUGGAGGCUACAGACACGCCCAUGGGCCAGGUUGGGCCGCUGAGGGCAGUGACUUUCCGCUGGUUUCAGGCGACGGAUGUGCUGGGCGACAAGUCCUCUGAGAACUGGAGUGAGCUGCCAGAUGAGCAGAAGAAGGGCCUUUGGAUUGAGAUGCGGCAUGAAAAUGCAGCAUAUGUCGCGCUGUUGCUGCCGGGUUUUGCGCCUGCGAAUCUAUGGAACAUGGGCUUUGACACUCCGGAUAUUAGCGAGGCUGAUGGUGGCCAGUUCCUUCGUCUGCCUCUAUUGCUCCUUCGAAUGCCUCAAGCUCUCAAGGCUGUCAUCGGCGAAUGGCUGUCGACAACCUUUGAUUGCCGUGUCACUAAGCUUAACCUGGGGACUCGAACACUAGUCGGCGUUCUGGAAGGUUGGAUUCAGCAUACCGGACUGCCGCGAGCCGAUUCAGACCUUGUCUUGACCCUGGCAUUUAAUGCACCUGUAACAGACCCAGGCCGAGAGGCUUUACUUCGCUUGGGCGGAGAUUCAGACGAAGACGAAACUGAAGUCGAGGCAACUGAGCCUGGGUUACGAUCCAUGGAGAUUAGCAUUUCGGCUUCAGAUUUGCGCCGUUUCUUACGUGCCGGAAAUGCGCUACAGAAAUCCAAACAGACAACUUCUAAUACGGGCCAGGACACUGCCUUGUGGGAGCGUGAUGAUCGAGAACGGCGCAGACUAGCAGGCUCCCACAUAGACGACGGGUGGGGAUGGCUAAAGAACAAAGAUGGCUCUGAAUAUCCCUUGAUGGAGGCUUUAGCAAGCCAUCUAAACCAGCACGUGGCACUGAACCUGUUCCACCCAAGUGUUCGUGUCAUUCAAGUAUCAUGCGGGGGAUUUGUCCUCUCGCAGUCUCGGAUCAAGAUUGUUAAAUCGGGAGACGUAACCGACGACUUGUCUAGAGCGGCGUGGAUGUUUGUGACGCUCCUAGGAGAAAGAGUGCAGAGCGACGCAGUACCUUUGGGGACCUGA